GCGUACGGACGCCGAGAGAAAGAGCAGCAGCGACUUGGCGAAAGAAAGCAGAAAGGCGGCGAAAACAGGAAUAGCCGAUCGGUGGCAAAAGCAGCAACAGUAGAAGCAACAGCGGCUGAAGAAGAAGCCGAGCAGACGCCGAAUUAGAAAUGUUUACCAUUUAAGCGACACCUAAUAGGAAUACUCUCACGUACCGCUCUUGGCUCUCUGCAACGAACGCGCUCUCCCGCGUUAAAGUGAAAGUUUUCCACACAAAAGUGGCGAAGGUCCGUUAUCUUGGCCGCUGUUCCGACCAACUUGCAAUCAGACAGUCAGACACACGCGGAGCGUUCAGUCGACCGGACGCAUGGUCGCUGAUAUAAGAUAUAAGAUAUAGCUAACCGAUGUCAGAUACUAAACUAUCCUAUACUAUAUAUACAUGUGGUGCAGUGUGUUAGUGUUUUGGUGCGAGCAACUGUAAAUUCGCCCAAAGAAAGUGCGGUCGUCGCAAUUAAAUCGAAUUGAAAUCGGAAUCGAAAUCGGAUCUACAGUUACAACUUCAUUUCGCGUUCGUCGCCUAAGUCUUUCGUUUUAGCGCGCGCCGUUACAACAUUGUUUUCGCACUUACUAGCCCGAUUUUGUUUGGCUUAGUGAUUUCGAAACAAGCUGGGCGAAUAUCAUAACGAGCUCUAUUAAAUAUAUAAAAAAAAAUUAUUAUAUUUAUAACGCUGCCAGACGGUCUAGGCCAAGAACUCGAAGCAAGUGUCGUCCGGCCAGCAGCAAACAUGUUUAAGUGGGUUACGCCGGCCUCAACGGCGACGUUGUCCCGCUGCACACUAACAGCGGCAACAACAACAACAACGAGAACAGCAACAGCCACGGCGAGAACAACAAAACCACAACUACUUUCCAUCGCUUUAACAAGUUUAAUAAUAAUAGUCGCAUCAUUUGUGCCGACAACAAGUGGAUUUAGAUCAAUUGAAACGAAUGGCGGUGGUCGCAAACUUUUUGGAGGCUAUCGCAUCACCCCAAAGCACUGCCGUGCCACCAAGACGCUGCCCAGCUCGGAUCCGCGAGCCAAUGGACCCACCAUCUGCAUGUUCAACCACGAGUGCGCCCAACGGGGUGGCGAGGUGGUUGGUGCCUGCAUGGAUGGCUUCCUGUUCGGCGCCUGCUGUCAGAUUCCACCCACCCACGAGUUAGCCAGUACUUUGAUCAACGAAGCCCAAAACGCUUACUUCCAACAGCACCAGCAGCAGACAAAGCUCCAGCAAUCAGCAGCCCAAUCGUCGUUCGAGAGCUAUGGCGAGCAGCAGCAGCAAUCCCUGAGUGAAGAGCAGGUGGCACCCCAGCCAUCGCAGAACAUUUAUGAUCAACAGAACCUGGACAAGGUUUACCAGCAGUUGGGCAGCAGCAGUAGCAUCAGUCCACCCAGCAGUUCUUAUGGUGAUGAACCCCAACAGCUUGACUAUCAGCCUGAGUCGGAGGCACCCGUUCAAGAUGAGCCUGGUUACUCUAGCAGCAGUUUGUCCACAGAGGCUACUCAAUCGCAGUCUUCCUCCGCCAGUGUGGAGUUCGAGCAGGAGCCUUCCCAGCAGGCAGACAUCUCUAAUGAUCAGACCACUCAGAAGAUUACCAAGCAACCCGUUCAGCCCGUCCAGCCACCUAACUUCCAUGUGCACAAGAAUUCCGUGACCAUCAACUCACCCUCGUCGCCGCCACAAAAUGAUGAUUUCGUGAUGCAGGUGCUCAGCACUCUGCCUCCAGAACAUGCUGAUGAUCAUCAUAUUGUCUUCACCACUGAGGUGCCAACAAAGAUUGCCAGCGGCUUGCAGGAUCAAACGAGCUCCGAGUCCAGCUCUUUCGAAGAGGUUUCCUCAACGCCUGCAGCCACCCAAAAACCCAAGACAAAACCAACCCAGAAAGCCACUCAGAGACCCACUCCGAAGCCCACAACGAAGCCCACUCCAAAGCCUACGCAGAAAGCCAAGCCGAAACCCGUCCCUCAAUUGGCGGAGAGCAUGAAGCGACCCAUCCAGCAGAAGCCACAGGUGGUGAAGCAACAGCCAAGUCCAAAGCCAGCCCAGAGUGUUAGCAAUCAUCACCACCACAACCAUUUGAUCCUUGAUGGUGGAGAGUUCACUCACAGUGAUAUUACCCACCCCGGAGCAGAUGCCGAUCUCGUAGAGGAUCUACAGUUCUCCACAGGCUAUGGUCCUCAGCCUGUAUACGCGGAACCACCAAAGCAGCAACAGCAGCAGCAUCAGCAACCAGCAGAGCAGAGCUACAUCUCCUCCAGCACCAGUGCCAAACGUCCAACAACCGGUCAGAACAGUCCCACUACUAUUUCCUCGAUUACCACCCAUGUGGACUCCAUUGAAUCCAUCAUCCUGCAGCUGAACAACACUAGCCACGGUCCCAGUUACAAUGUGGUGAGCCAGCAGACUCCCUCAUAUGGAUACCCCGAAGCAGCGGCAGUUCACACAGAGCCAGCUACUCAGCCUUCAUCUUUCUACCAGGAUAACGAGUCAGAAAAGAUCCAGGAACAGGAUUCACAGUCCGAUUAUGGUUACACCACCACAGUUAACUACGAGUCUUCGUACAAUAAGGUUUCCGAUGAGCAGGAUGCAUCGGCAGCUGUCAGCCAGUCCGCUGAGAUGCCCACCGCGCGUCCCGGUUACGGAGAAGAUGUUUCCGCUGUGAUGGAGGAUCAUACACUACCGGCCAGUGGCUACCACGAUGCUAUGGCUCCACUUGCUCCGCAGACUUCUGAGUUCAACAAGAUGCCUGUGGGCGUUGCUUACCCAGUGGAUAUGUCCUACAUGGAGGAGGAUGAGAAUCUUCCGGCCACGGCCGCUGGCUAUGGCCAGGUUAGCAGUGACUCAUACGAGGCAAGCACAGAAUCCGCAUAUCAGAAGCUAUCCACCGUCCAAACUGAGGAACCGAAGCCAGUUCCUACAUAUAUUCGUCCCACCACCAAUGUCAAUAAGCAGAAUCGUCCAGUGGCCUCUUACAUCGGCAUGGUGACCAUGCAACACUACAGUCCCCAACCCGGAAAUGGUGACUAUCAGGCUCAAGUUCCACCCGAAGUAUCCGUGUCCUCACACACCACCAAGGUGGAGGAGGAGAUCGACGACACCUCGAAUGUCUAUCAGCAGUCUGAAACCACUUCCGGUUAUGUAUCCCCACCAACUGCUACGCCUCCUGCAGCUCAGCGUCCUCAGUACGACUCUGUUCAAGAAGAUGCCUCCUCGGAGCGACCUGUUUUGGUGACUGCCAGUCCCAGACCUCGCCCCAAGCCUAGUACCAAGCGACCUGCCGUGAAGAGACCCAUCAACGGGGAGAACACCAAGAAGAAGCCACAGCCGCAGCCAAGUGCUGGUGCCUACAACCAAGAGAAGAUCAGCGAGCAUAGCACCAGGAAACCUGUGUCCAGCGGAUACGAUAACGUACCCGAGUCGCCCAUCACGCACAUUCAGAUCAAGAAGCCAGUGGCUAAUCCUCACAAGGGGCAAGAGCAAACUGGCUACCCAAGACCUGCUAGUGCUGUAUACGAACAAACGACUGCCUCAGCUCCUGCGCCAGCGGCUCCGGCUCUCAACUACGACAAGCCAGAUGCCCCUCCCAGCCAGUACGACCAGCCAUCAGCUCCAUCCCCCAGUUACGAUCAACUGGCGCCGAUGCCAUCACUUACCUACGAUGAGGAGCACGUGGUUAGCUCGCCAGGAAGGAAACCAGCAACAGCCAAGCCCAUUUCCACCAGCUACGUGACCGGACCAAGCACUCCACGACCACCAGCCACCGUUGACUACCACUACGAUAAUGUGCCACCACUAUUCAUGGCUGAUGACAAGCUUGAUGCCUUUAUCCAAAGCACAGCAGAGAACAUUGUGGGCUCCACACCCGGAAACUAUCAGCCUCCUCUGGUGGCUACUGCUUCCACCCCAAUCUACGCCCAAAGACCCACCAGCAGUGGUAGCUAUGGACAUAAGAAACCUGGAUUCGUGCAGAUCAAUGGAACACCCAAACCUCCUCGGCCCACGGUUCUCAUUACACCCAAGCCGACUGCCAUUAAUCUGGUGACCUACAGCUCUUUGAAUGACGAUGGCAACAAACUGGCCUCCAGCACGGGAGCUUACGUGACCGGAAGACCCGGAGCGCAGGGAGUAAGCUCAAACGACUUCGAGGAUCCCGGAUACUUUGGCAGCAGUCCCGUUCAUGUCGCCUUUACACAAUCCACCACAGAGGCUAUCUAUGCUGUGCCUUCCGAUGAUAAACCCGCUUUCCCCGGCUACUUUGGACCCACACCCUCGUAUCCCGCCUUCUCAGUUCCUGGCGAGAAAGUUGGCCAGAAUGUGAUGGAGGAGACUUACACUUCGCCCAAUGACUUUGUUAACUUCCCGCCAGUUAGGAAUCCAAAUCUCAACAUGUCUGCUGCCUCCAGCGCAGUGACCAGCGAUCUAGACCUUUCCACUCCCGCAUUUGUGGAGGAUGUUGUCCUCAAGGACAAAAUGCACACCCUGGUUCAUAAGUUGGUAGCUUCUCUGCAGGGUAACUUCGAGGCGCUGGCUGAUAUGAUUGAAGAGCCUGGAAGCAAUAAGACUGUUGCCACCUACCAAGCUGGAGCAGGUGGAACCGCCAAGCCCGUUAGGGUAGUUACCACUCGCAAGCCCGUGAGGGUAGCCACAACUGCCAGACCAAAGGUCACCACAAAGAAACCUGUGACUCGAGUCACGACCAAGGCACCAAACAAGAAGACCUCCGCCGUUAGCAGUACCACUCGCAAGCCCGUAACCCGACGCACGACUGUGGCUGCAAAGGUAACCACGACUACCCGAAAACCAGCGACCAGAAAGCCAACCCGUCGAGUCAGCAGCACCAUAAAGACCACAACCGUAAGCUCGGCUAGACCCGCGGACGAUGAGAUCGUAGACGAAGAGGAUGAAGAGGACGUGAACCCGAAUCCCAGUGACAAUGAGAUCGACCAGGGUGCCACUCUCAGCUCGUAUGGCGGAGCCAAUGGACGGAAGAUUCAGUGCGGUGUGCGGCCCCAUGUCAAGUCCGGCCGCAUUGUCGGCGGCAAGGGCUCCACCUUCGGCGCCUUCCCCUGGCAGGUUCUCGUACGGGAGUCCACCUGGCUAGGUCUGUUCACCAAGAACAAGUGCGGCGGCGUCCUCAUAACCAGCCGCUAUGUCAUCACCGCUGCCCAUUGCCAGCCCGGCUUCCUGGCCUCUUUGGUGGCCGUCAUGGGUGAAUUCGACAUUUCCGGCGACCUGGAGAGCAAGCGUUCUGUGACUAAGAAUGUGAAGCGUGUCAUUGUCCAUCGGCAAUACGAUCCUGCCACCUUCGAAAACGAUCUGGCGUUGCUGGAACUGGACAGUCCCGUGCAAUACGAUACCCAUAUAGUGCCCAUUUGCAUGCCCAACGAUGUGGCGGACUUCACUGGACGCAUGGCCACCGUGACCGGCUGGGGACGACUCAAGUACGGAGGUGGAGUGCCCUCAGUUUUGCAGGAAGUGCAGGUGCCGAUUAUCGAGAACAGCGUUUGCCAGGAGAUGUUCCACACUGCUGGCCACAAUAAGAAGAUUCUCAACUCCUUCCUGUGCGCCGGUUAUGCCAAUGGACAAAAGGACUCUUGCGAGGGUGACAGUGGCGGUCCGCUGGUGCUGCAGCGUCCUGAUGGACGCUACGAGUUGGCCGGAACCGUGUCUCACGGCAUCAAGUGCGCGGCGCCCUACCUGCCCGGCGUCUAUAUGCGUACCACCUUCUAUAAGCCGUGGCUGCGUAGCAUAACGGGAGUGAAAUAAGGAGGUGCCUCCAGAGCCCUGGCUUCCGUGGUCUUCAUGUCAUUUAGCUGCAGGGGAAGGAGCAACAAGUGUAAAUAGAAUGUAGAGUUUUAAGAGUCGCGAGCAGAAGCGUGGGAAAAAGUUGAUUCAACUUUUUAGCGACGUCGCAUUUUUUCACCCCUUUCCACCUCCUCCUCCUCCUCCUCCAUGCUACCAUCAUUUCAUUAGCAUAAUUGAAAAUCAACUGCAGCAACUUCAAAUAAGAUACUCUGGGGAUUCUCAAUAUUCCGAGAUAUCGCCUGCAGAUUACGUUUUUUGAGUACGCGUGCCUAACACUUGUAGAGUCUGAAUGAGAAUUACGCUAAUAAGACAUAUUUAUUAUAGUUCUAAGACUAUUUAUUUGACUAUUUAUUUAUCUAUGUACGAGUAUGUGACGAAACGAAGCGAUUUGUGCGUUUGAUUCAACUAAAAAAAUUGUUAUUUUCAUAGGCAAAUUGUUGUUAUGUUCAAAUGAAAGCGAGAGCAAAUGUUUUUAGUUCAAUUGAAUUUACUAAUUUAUCGAUUUAUAUUAUUAAUUUUUUUAUCUAAUUACGUUUUAUGUUAAUUGUUAAGUGAACGAACCAAUCGAAAAGAGAUCGAAAUAA